CACAGACAUGACAGAAAAAUCUCACACUCCAGAAAAUGAACAUUUCUGUUUCAUAUAGUCUGGAACAAGUUUAAUUGUACAAGUAAUUAAUAAGACGUGUGGAUAAUAAGAGAGGAAGAAGUUAUCCUGAAGAUCCAUUUCUCUGCUGUAUUUUGGUAUUUCCUGGAUACAAAAAGGAUCAUACAUACAGAACUUUGGGACAGUAGCGAUGGAGAUUUCCUUGGCCAUUUCCGAUGCAAAUGAAGUUGUCUCUAUUCCUAUCCAAGCAGAGAACAAGAACAAGUAUAUGGAUGUUGUAUUCUACAAUGCCGCAGUCAAAGGGGAAAUUGAUGUGGUGGAAGAACAAGCUGAUAAUCUUGCUCGUUUAUUGACUCCGAGAAACAACACCAUCCUCCAUAUCAACAUCUUAGCACGACCAAAAGAAAUGGAGUCAAUUGAGUUCGUGAGAAGUGUAUUGGACAAGUGCCCACCACUAUUAUUCCAUGCUAAUGACAAAGGCGAAACACCAUUGCACAUUGCAGCCAGAUUUGGGCACCAUCAAGUCGUUAAGGUGCUGUUGGAACAUGCAAAAUCACCGCGGAACAUAGAGCUCGAGAGCGGAACAAGACAGAUACUGCAGAUGACAAGUAAACAGAAAGAUACUGCUUUGCAUGAGGCAGUAAGAAUGAACCACACUCAGGUGGUGCGAUUGUUAAUUAAGGAAGAUCCUGAUUUUUCAUAUUCUGCUAAUAAGACUGGUGAGACACCACUUUAUUUGGCAGUGGAAAGAUCAUAUAAUCAUCUAGCUUUUGAAAUAUUAGACUUCUGCACAUCCCUAGUUCACAGAGGUCCAAACGGGAGAACCACUCUACAUGCUGCAGUUAUUAAGCAGGAUCAAGAAAUGACAAGAAGAAUACUGGAAAGAACAAAGUCUACACUGACAAGCGAAGUAGACGAUGAGGGAUGGACACCCCUUCACCAUUGUGCAAGCUUUAGAGGAUGCCUUGUGAUCUUGAAAAUGUUACUAGAAGCAGAUAAAUCAGCUGCUUAUAUUUCCAGCAAAAAUGAUCAAUUGACACCUCUUCACCUUGCAAUCCAGCAAAGAAAUAUUGACAUAAUUAAGGAGCUCAUUUUGCAAUGUCCCGACAGUACUGAAUUGGUAGAUCAUCAUGAACGGAAUGUUCUUCAUCUAGCAGCAGACACAUAUUUCCGUGACAUCUGGUCUUUUCUGUUGAAAAAUCCUGCUAUUGAAAAACUUAUAAAAGACAAAGAUGAUCAAGGGAAUACACCACUCCAUGUGCUUGCAGCUGCUAAUCCUAUCUCCUUUUUCGAUGUAAUCACUCGUCAUCCUCUUCCAGGUCUUGACAAGAAUGAGGUUAAUAACGAAAACAAAACCGUGUUGGACGUUUCCCUGGAGACUCAAUCUGGUCAGCUGUAUUUGGAGAUAUAUAUACUUAUAUUGCAGGUAUUGUUGCCCAAGUUUGGUAAUUGGAAACGAAGUAGCCGGAAAAGUAUCAACAGAAAGAUAGUUUCGGAACUUUACGCAGCUAGAGAAUCCCAUCUACUAGUGGCAACACUUAUAGCAACUGUAACUUUUGCGGCUGGAUUUACCAUGCCCGGUGGCUACAAUAGUGAAAAGGGUGAUCCUGGUCGGGGUUUGGCAAUAUUAUCAAAAAAAUCUGCUUUUCAAGCUUUUAUUAUUACAGAUACAAUUGCCAUGGUCCUCUCGACUUCAGCUGUGUUUCUCCACUUUUUGUUGGCAAUGACAACAUCAUCAAAUUUAAGUCCAACAAAGUCUAAGCUUGUUGUUGUGGCCUUUAUUCUCACAAUAUACGCCAUGGAAGCAAUGAUCAUAGCCUUUGCUGUAGGCACCUAUUCAGUGCUUGGAAAUUCUUCUGCCCUUUCCAUCAUUAUUAUUAUCAUUUCACUUCUCUUCUUUCUCUUCUCUGUCCCUGCAUUUAUGAUUAAGUUGUACCUAAAUAAAUAAAGGGCAGUAUCUACUUUUUUAUUAAAAUAAUAAAUCUGGUAAAAGGAUUCCUUCGGUAGACACCAUAACUUUAUUGUACCCUUUUGUACCGUAUUACAAAUGGAUACAUUUUAUCAGAA